GAGAGCUUCAGGACACUCGCGGUUCUCGUGUCGUGCAGGUUUUGUUGGCGUUGGCAGCACCUAAAAAGGGCUAUGGCGCGCCGGGAGCGGGCUGCCCCUUCAUUAAUUAUGGCUACAGCUGCCGCAGACCCGGCCUAGAAGCGGUCUGUAUAAUUUUGGGCAGCGGUACGCCGCCGCCGCACCGCACCGACCAGCACUGGCAACCUAGCUCCAGGUAGAGCGCCGCACGACAGCACCAUGUACGUCUGGAAGAACGUCUCGAAGCGUGAUAGACGCACAAGGCCCGUCGCGCCCGCCGAGCUCCACCUGACCAAACAAAAGACCGUGCUCGCCGAGGUCGAGGGCCGCGCGGCGCGCCAGCGCCGCGAGCUCGAGCAGCAGCGCGCGCUCUACAAGGAGCAGGAGGCCCACGAGGUGGAUCUGUUUGGGCGCGAGGUCAAGGACAUCAUGCUAGCUUAUUUGGAAACUGAUCAUGGGAAGCAGGAGUUAUCUCGCGUCGUCGCGGCGUUACGGGCCGAGCAAGACUUAGCUGAGGAGCUCCAGAAGAGGAGGGAAAUCGAAACCCUCAAAGAACAGGAGAAGCGCGAGGCUGAAGAUCAUGCUUUAGGUAAGGCCUACGCUGCUCGAAAAGGUAACCUCGAGGAGCAGGAACGUAGAGCCGAUAAGCUCCGGGAGAAGCUCCGGAGGCAAGGUUUAUUAGUUGAGGAGCCGGCCGAGGUCGAUCCCAAAGAUGUCGGCUGGUGGGACCUUUUGUUGACCAAUCGCUCUAGAGGUUUCCUCAAACGAAGAAAGUUCAUCAAGCUGGUUAUGACGUUCACUGAUUGUAAAUGGAAGCAAGCAGCUAAAUUAGUUGAUAAAUUGCCGUCGCAUGUUGUUAGGCGCGUGCGACGACCGCAGGCGGAGCGGUUCCGCGUCGAGCUCGAGAAGCUUGGUGGGAAAUGCGCGCUGGAGCGAGGUGCGGAUGAGCCACCCGAGACGCAAUUUGACAGAGAUGUCAAGUUCCUCGAGAACCAGAAGAAGCAGCGGAGGAGUGAAGGUCUGCGACUGCAAUCGGUAAAUGCCGCGGCCGAAGAGUUGCAAGAUAAGGAGUUGCAGCGCGUCAUGGACACGUUCAACACCUUCGACGCCGAUGGUUCGGGCGCGAUCGACGUCGACGAGUUGGGCGUACUCCUCAAAGCUUUGUGUGUCCCCCUAAAGAACAAGAAGGAACUGGAAGACCUCAUGGAGGACAUGGACGACGACGGUUCGGGAGACAUCGACUUCGACGAGUUUUACGCCUGGUACAAGGAGUACGGCAAGCAAAAGCAGGGCGGCUUCUUCGGGAAGAUGAGGGUGAUGAUGCUCCAGGCGUCGAACGCCGGUGCUGCGGCCGCCGGUGCGGUCCAAGUGGGGGAAGCCAAACGCAUCAUGUGCGCCUGUGCGGAGGAGGACGCGGCGCGGUAUGCUAGACUUAAAUUCAGGCAGUCGCGACCGAGGCCGUUGGGCGCCGACGAAGACGAGGCUCGAGAGGCCGAGGAGUUUAGAAAUGCUGAAAAAAGGUUCAGCUGCGUGCGAUCGGUCGUCGGACGACCGACCGUGUCCGGUGGCGGUCAUGAUGAACAUGGCGAGUUUGCUAUAUCUGAUACGCCGGAGUACGAAGCUAGGAGAUUACGAGCGAAUCGGUUGAUGUUCCACCCCGUCCUGUGGCCGACGCCGCCGCCCACGCCCAAAGACAUACCGCCGCUCUGGAUGAACGCGCCGAACCCGUCGCUCUCCGAUCCGUUGCAGGCUUACAGAGAUGCCGAGGCCAUGGGCGCGACCGUCGUAGGCGUGGACCCCUGCAAGGGCUGGCGUUCAGCGCCUCGCUCGAUCAAGGGCCUGGCCACGAUCGGCUCGAAGCGGUUCCUGAAGGGUCGAGGUAAAGACACUUCAUUGGCCGACGCCAUCAGUUCAUUGAGGAAGGACGUCGCGAAGCCUGUCGGUGAUGUGCCCGCUGUGUUUACCGUUGACAAAGGAGCACAUACGGCCCAAGUUAUGUUGAGAUGGCGGCCGGAGUUAAAGCCGAAGCCCCAGUUAUCUGUCGGUGUGGAAGGAGAAUUCUCGGGAUGGGAGUUCGUCCAACUGCAGCCCUCGAAGAAAGUCUAUGCGGCCUACGACGCUAUGGUAGCACUACCGCCGGGGUCGUAUUCGUAUACGUUCAAGAUCGACGGCGAGUACCACUUGGACCCGGCCGCGCCGCAGCGCGGCGAUCCCCCGAAAAAUGUCAUCCACGUCGUCGCCGAGCACGCUGCUACUUCCGUCAAAGAUUUGGACAUCCGGUUGGACGGCCACGGUUUGAAAGACGACGGCGCCUGGGCCUUGGCUGGGGCGAUUCGCGCGGGCGGCGGCGGCGGCGCUCUGAAGAAAUUAAGCUUGGCGUCGAACGGGUUGAGCGGCGACGGUGUUGGAGCUCUCUGCGCGACGCUGGAACGGGGCGACGCGCCGGGUCUCGAGGUGCUUGAUCUCAGUCGGAAUCGCAUUGGAAGGGACGGCGGCCGCGCCGUCGGGAAGGCACUAGGUACAGAGAGAAAGGUGCCCGUCGACUCGCCGACGAAAAAGGAAGGGCCCCGCCCCGUCAAGCAGCCCACGGUCCCGGCUCCUUUAGUGCGAUGUGUUUUAGCAAGAUGCGCCUUAGCUGAUGACGGUACGGCCCAAGUCGCCAUGGGUCUUGUGGGCCACGGCACUUUACAAAGGUUGGAUUUGAAUGAGAAUGCGAUUGGAGAAUAUGGGGCCGCCGCCAUAGCGAGAGCUUUGUUGCGAAACGGCGUCCUCACGCACAUCUCGUUAGCUGCGAAUCGCAUCGACGCGAAGGGCUGCGAGCACCUCUCCGAACCUGUUCGAUUGUCGGGAACAUUAUUACAUCUGGAACUGAACGACAACCCGCGCAUGGGGUCGUUGGGCGCGUGGUGGCUCGGCGAGGCUUUAGCUGGAGGUUCAGGAGAACUACGAGACCAGGUCGCUUCGGAAAGAGCCGCCAAGAAGCGGGGCGAGGACCCGAACGGCGGCGCGUUGACUUUGAAGACAUUAGCCAUCGCCGGCGUCGGUUCCGACGAGGAAUCGGAAGGCGAAACAGAUAAAAAAACUAUCAAAGCCGAGGCACCUACUUCAUCGGCGAUCAUGCGCAUGGGCGCCACGCUCAAGGCCAAGGCCGUGCAAGCGAAAUCAAGGGCCGCGGAGAAAGCAGCCGGUGUGAGGCAGGGGAGUCUGGAACACCUUGGGUUGGGCGACUGUCAGUUGACCGGCGACGGCACGGACCUGUUGGGUAUUACGGCACUGUGCUCCGCCUGCGAGCGCACCAAGAGAUUGACAUCUUUGGAUCUGGCCAACAAUGCUCUGAGCGAUGAAGCCGUGCGGUCCUUAGCCAAUGCCUUGGACCGGUCGAAGCCCACGCCCAUCAAAACCAUGGUGCUCCGCGGGAAUAGUUGCGACGCGAAGUGGCUCUGGCGCGACCACCGCAUGCCCGCGAGUGAAGCUGAUGAACAAUGCGCCAAGACCGCGGCCGUGACGGGCAAACACGUCACGUACGUACCUUCCAUUGCUACUACGUUGGCCCAAUCAAGAAAAGAUAGGAUCAACGCCGAGCGGGAACGGAAGGGGCGUAAAAGAGCUAGAAAACAAGCCGAACUCGACUUGCUACUGAAGGCCAUCACCCCGAAGGACGAGACCGACGAGGAAAGAAUCAGGAGGGAGGACCGCGGCUCGUCGGACAAUUUGCGGGCGAGUCGCGGUUCCGGUAGUCAUGACGCCAAGGUGCUGCGACGGCAGAACGCGCGGGAGCAGACGGAGCUCCGUCGAAAAAGGCGAGAGUACGAGCGCCUCAAGCAGGAGCUCGAGGACGGCGUGAGUGACGAGGAAUUGUCGACGCAGGACGACGCCCACGUCCUGCCGCCGCCGCCCGUGUCGACAGAGACCUGUAAAUUGGCCGGCGAGUGGACGAGUGUCGGCUGGCUGCCGGAACCCGACAAGGUCGCCGCGAGACUUGGGAGGCGCCAGGAGCGCGAGCGCGCCAAGGAAGCCGCCCGGACGAAAGACGAGGACGACGCCGUUGAAGCCGCGGGCGCGGCGGCGGCCGCGAAGGCGAACCUCGCGGCCAUGCGUGUUCCUGAUGGAGUUAGGUUAGCUCGAGCCGUCUGCGACGAGAUGGACGUCGACAAGAAGGCGAAGAAGGCCAAGCGCGAGGCCGCGAAGAAGAAGCGCGAGCAGGAGGCCUUAGAUCGGAAGCGCGAGGACGACGGUCUACAAGGGCGGCGCGCGUCGGACCUCUCGGUCUCGUCCUCGGGCUCGGCCCGGAAGAGGAAGAAGGAGGUGCAGAAGCCGCCCUCGAAAUGGUGCUGCGGCCGCAAGAAGACCGACGCUCCGGCCAAGGUCAAGCCGCGCAAGUCCAAGGACAAGGACUCGUGGAAGGAGUUCCGGAAGCGACGGCAGCGGUCUGGAAGUGGAGAGGACAUUUAUCGGCCGCGCGGUUCGUUUGAUGAGAUCGGUGAGCAAAUGGGAAGGAUCGCCGAUCCCGUCGGUGAUGCUAUCAGGAAGAAGGAGGCGGAGAAGGCCGAGGCGGAUCAUUUAGCGGAGGUACGCGCUUUACCUACACCGAAAGAACUGAAGGCGAUGGAGAAGAAGAAGGCCGAGGACGAGUGGUGCGUUUAUCCGCGUCCUUGUGUGUCCCCAUACGCCAUCGCCGCGACCUCAUACACCUCCACGCCAUCGACGCGACCUCGUACACGCCAUCGACGCGACGCCGUACGCAGGCUGCGCGACACGUUCCAGCGCGUGGACAUGGACCACGGCGGGACCGUCGACGCCCACGAGCUCACUGCAUUAUUGAUAAGGUUGGGCUGGAGCCACUUCACGCGGCAGCAGUUGGCCGAGGUCUACGCCCAAUUAGAUGAAGAUAAUUCGGGCGAGAUCGACGUCGAAGAAUUAAUCCUGUGGUGGACCCAGGGCGGCGGGAAGGAGCGAGUAAGGAGGGAGCGGCGCAAGGUCAAUGCCAUUCUUCGACGAUUACUAGCGAAGCCGAAGCGACUCCUGCUCGGGCCGCCGAAGGACGCGCGAGGAGGCACGGACGACCCGCGCGUGCAGGACGGCGUGCGAUGUUUAGAAGCGGACGCUAGUUGUGAGGCCCAAAGACUUGCGAGAGAAGCGUAUCGACGACGACGGCCGCCGCGCGACCAGUCCGAGUGCGUCUGUCAAAUUUGUGGACUUAGUUUAGUGGACAAGGCGCAGCUUGCGUUACAUAUGCGCGACGCGAAGAAGGCCCACCGGAAGUACGAGAAGGCCCAGGUUGCGGAGAAGGAGCGACGGAACAUGCUUGAGAGAGCUAGACUAGUUGUGGCAAAUGAAUUACGAGCCAAGGAAGGCCGGAAAGCGGCGAAAGCGCAAAAAGGCAAGUUCUGGAAGAAGAAGGAGGACGACGUCCUCCAGAAGCGCAAAAGGAAGAAGAAGAAGGGCAAGAAGGACCCGCCGCCCUUUCCCGUGCUCCUAUGUUUUGAUAGUAAGGUGCCGCACCACGCCGAGGUCCAGACCUACGACAUGCCCGACGAGAAGCACGGGCGGCCGACGGGCGCUAUUGGUUUAAAGACGUGCGGCGUCUACUGCGUCGCGGACGGUCUCGGGAAUCCGUUGGUCACGAAGGGGAGCGGCACGGAGUGGCUGAAAGUGGUCUGGCCCUCGUCGUGCAUCGGUGGGGGCGGUGCGAAAGCCGCGGCGGCGGCGGCCGACACGAUUAGGCGGGCGAUCGCAGCGCAGGCCGGCGGCGCGCCGCUGCCCAAAGAUCCGCGGUUGGAGCCUCGGGCGCUCGUGUGGUUGCGAAACCGGCACCCGGAGCACGCCAAGGGCCAGGCGCCCGUGUUUCGACCGAUCCUGGCGGGCGAGACGCCCUACGAGAAGGUGUGUAUUGCGGCGUCCCUAUUGUACUGAGCGUGUCUUUCUUCGCGUCGACGCCGUCGGGGCGCCAACGCCACGUCUCCGGCGUUCGUCGCGUCGACAGCGUCGCGGCGACCGGGCAUCAUAUACGCCAUCGACGCGACACCGUGGCACGCCAUCGACGCGACGUCCGCUCGCAGGGCCGCACGCCGGAGGAGCUCAAGCUCAUGCAGCUCAACGCCGAGGAGCUCAAGGCGGCCCGCGCGAAGCGGAGCCGGCUCCAGAAGUGGAUCAUCUACCGGAAGAAGGAGGCCAUUCGAAAGCAACAGGAUCUAGACGAAGCCGAGGAGGUGAAGCGCAAGAUGAUCAUGGGCGGCCACAUCGAGUUCGCCGUCCUGCCGAAGACGCUGAAGAAGGGUCGGGAGGUCGAGUUGUUCGCGCGGCCGCGGUGGUUCCGGGCGCACCCCUCUCUCCCCAAAUUUUCCAAGAUCAAGGUGCGCGUCGUGCCCGAGGUCGGGUCUUAUGUGGUCGGGGAAUUGCGCUGGGGCCACGCCGUUUUAGCUUAUGGCAAGGCCGGCCACUGGCUGCUCAUCGCGUUCGAGAAGCGGGAUAAUGCCUGGAUCCUGGCCAAGGCCCCCACGCGCGACUUCCUGCAGCAGGUGACGUCUACCGUGGAUAUUAGUGAUCUGGACGACGGCGUCGUCAGCCCGCAGGAGGUCGAGCCCGGCGCGUGCGAGGAGAUCACGGCCAAGGCCCAGCGCACGGUCGCGGACGAGAUCCAGUCUUUGGCUGCCCUCGCGGAGAAGGCCGACGUGUCGGAUGCCGAAUUGGCGGCGCUCGGCGACGCGCGCUUCGAGACGCCGACGCCCGUCGCGCCCGAGCCCUCGGGCGCGUCGCCGUCGGCGAACCUGUCGGCCGACGAGCGGUCCCAGGCGACGGGCGCGGAGCGGUCGCAGGUGACCCUGGAGACCGGUGCGUCGUCGGCCGUGCGGUCGACUGGGUAAAUAUUUGAGUGUGUUAUUUAUGCGUUUUCCGAGUCCGCGUUCGUUGUCCUGCGUUCUGCCGUAUCGCCUCCGUU